AAGCUCCAUUCACUUCGAGACGCAUUGAGGAUUACCUGUUCAAUUAAAACUACUAAUUAGAAUAUCAUUGCUUCCUCUCUGAUCAUUCAGCAAAAUUUUCUCAGGAUACGCAAAGAUGACAGACGAUACACAGCAUCCGAUAUACGUCAAGUCUUUCCUCUUUACCCGGAUUUCCCCUCACAUGCAUUCCACGUGUGCUGGUUUACAAAAUUUGAAUGGUCGAUUUAUCAAUGGAGGUCUGCAGAGUCUUUCAACACCAUCAUCAUGCAAUGUUUCACCGAUGGUUCCGCUACUCAUACAGGCUCCAGCAGAAAAGGAUAAAGGAUUUGCCAGAUUUAUGAUAGAUUUUCUCAUGGGAGGGGUAUCUGCUGCUGUCACCAAAUCUGCUGCUGCACCAAUUGAGAGAGUCAAACUCUUGAUUCAGAACCAGGACGAGAUGAUCAAAGCUGGUCGAUUGUCUGAACCAUACAAGGGAAUUACCGACUGCUUCGCCAGAACAAUCAAGAAUGAAGGUGUCCUUUCUCUGUGGAGAAGCAACGGUGCAAACAUUAUCAGAUAUUUCCCUACACAGGCCUUCAACUUUGCUUUUAAAGAUUAUUUUAAUAGGAUGUUUAACUUUAACAAAGAUAAGGAUGGAUACUGGAAGUGGUUUGGGGGGAACUUGGCAUCUGGGGGUGCAGCUGGUGCUUCGUCUCUUCUGCUUGUCUACUCCCUGGAUUACGCCCGAACACGGUUAGCAAAUGAUGCUAAGGCUGCCGCAAAGGGUGGCGAAAGGCAGUUUAAUGGCAUGAUCGAUGUUUACAAGAAAACACUCAAAUCUGAUGGAAUUGCUGGUCUUUACCGUGGAUUUAACAUCUCGGCUGUUGGAAUUAUUCUCUAUCGCGGGCUCUACUUUGGAAUGUAUGAUUCUUUUAAGCCUGUACUUCUGGUUGGUUCAUUGCAGGAUAGUUUCUUGGCCAGCUUGUUAUUGGGAUGGGGAGUAUCCAUGGGUGCUGGAUUGGCUGCUUAUCCUAUUGAUACAGUUCGUAGAAGAAUGAUGAUGACAUCGGGAGAGGCUGUCAAAUAUAAGAGCUCAAUGGAAGCAUUUUCACAAAUCAUCAAGACUGAAGGUCCAAAGUCACUUUUCAAGGGUGCUGGAGCCAACAUUAUGCGCAAUAUUGCGAGUGCUGGUGUUCUGGCUGGCUAUGAUAAAAUGCAGGUCCUUGUCUUUGGCAAGAAAUACUGAUCUGGUGGUGGUGGUUAAUAGUAUCAAAAUUGAGAUAAUGAUGACGACGAGAUUAGUUUUUUUCAGUAUACACACUUUGCCUUUAUUCUGUGUUGGUAUAAUUUUGAAGAAACAGAAUUUAACAAUAAUCUUGCAGUGUAUUACUUGAUUCUUUUUUAUGUAGUUUGUGUAAUUUUGAGAUACACUGCAAUGAAAAUUUGUAUAAGAUGAUAAAUUUGCAAUAAAAGGGGGUAAGUUAAGAUCU